AGCCGUUUUCUCUCGAGGAAUCUCUCCCAUUGCCCCGGUUUCAGAAUCUAAGCUCAACGGCCAACUGCACCGCAACCAACGGUUCAGUUUCUCGUUUUCCUCCAACUCCGCGUUGAAGGACAAAAAGACCGCGAGAAGUGCCGAGCUCACUGGAAAAAAAGAAGAGCAACCAGAAGGUGAGCGGCUUGGAACGUGCGUGAACGGUAUCAGGAGCAUUUCCCAAAAAACCAGUCAGUCUGAACUAAUUGAAUUGUGCUUGACUACGUUUUCACGGGUCUUCCUCCCCCUCAUUGGUUGGUCAUUUGUUGUUCGUGUUUGCUCUGGUUUGGGCUGAACUUUGUACUAAACACACGGCUAGGUCCCUCAAGUUGUGUAGUGAAGUGUUGGUGACAACCUGUGGUGGCAGCUCAAUUUUCUCACCGUCAUCUUGGUUCGAGUAAUCAGGGAACGUAGCCGAUCUUGAAUGUUGACGAGACCAUUUCAUAAAAGUAGCCGGAGAACGGCGAUGACAUAAUUAGGACUCCAUCGCCACAGACCUGGAUCUUGGCCUGGUCUCGAUAUACGCCGUUGGGCCUUUCAGGUUGGAUUAAAGUUUCAAAAUUAGCUGGCCUUGUUUCUGGAGCGACUCACUCCAACAGUCCCCCAACCACUUGUUUCCCGUGACUGACUCGCAAAGUCGGCUGCCUCCGCAGCCUUGAGGCUCCCACUGUCUCGCGUGGGAUUGGCGUUAAAAAAGUUUCUCAAUUAUCUUGAACGCUGAAGGAUCAAGACGUACCAAGCUCCCGUUCCUGGGCCUCUGGGUCUUUGGACUCCUGGGCUGGGGCUCUUUUUCUACGAGAUAUUGGAUCCCAUGAGCACAAACGAACGAACGAACGAACAAACUAGUCACCACUCAAAGUGACUAGCCACAAGCACAACAGCCGAGACCUGGGGCCUUGUCCUUUAACGAUGGCUUGACGACCACCCAGACGAGCCAUCAAACGAGAGACUGGAACCACUUCCGGCCUUCGAUCUAAAAAGGCUCGGGCAAAAAGACUCCGAGGAAGAAUAACACUCUUCGCCAUCCAAAACGACGUCUUGCGCUUCUUUCUUUGGGAACUCAUAAUCAAUGCGAGUCCUGGUGAGAGUCUGGCCUUUUUGACUUAUUCACUCUCAUUGAGGACUGAAGCGGCGGGUUGAGCUAAGAAAGUGGAACGAGAGACGUGCACCACACACACACACAAAAAAAAAAGAUGGGAAACUUUGCUUUUACUACUCCAGUCUUUGAAAAAGAGAGACGAAGAGGAAAAAAAUGUCUGAAAGUCCACCCAUAAACAACAACCCAGUCUCAGCAGGAGGACCACUAAAAGUGAUGGUUCGUACUAGUCCUCUAGUUAUCCACCACCCAGAAGAGCGACAAGACCGGGAACCCGCUGGAAUUGAAGUCCGUUUCAACUGAAAUGCCGUCCGUAUUCAUACCGAGGAGGGAAACUUUUUGAACUCGAGCGUCACGACAAAACCGUUUCGUCCACCUUCUCCUUCUCUGCUCAAGGGAAGGUACAGUACCAAGUAAGUCCUCCUUAGAGCCUCCAGGACCAUAUUUAUGGCUUAGUUAGUUCUCCGAGAAGAGCAAGAGCAACAUCAAAUUGACUUCAGUUUCUCCCCACGUGACAGAGAGUACAUAGCCAUGAGUGAAACCCAUCUAAUGUGGUGAAGAGCCCGCUCCCCAAACAAGAUGGGUGUGAGAGUGACAGGUUUAAUGAGCGUUUUAUGGCUCAUUUCAAUCAUCGAUUUCCGUGAGCCAGGCCGUGAUGGGGUUCGAAGUGGUGGAGGGCGUGCUUGGGCCUUCGAGGCCACCACGGAAGAGCCUGCCAUCUCUCCUUUAGGUGUGCAUGGUGAUCCCGAGGACGUUUGGGUGGUUUUGGGAAGCAAUGCUCGUUUGCCAUGUGAUAUUCAACCCGAGGAUCCACUGGAACAAUUGGCCACGGUCCUAUGGUAUCGUGGCCACCAAGGCGAACCAUUUUACACGUAUGACGCCCGAGGCGCCACCAAUGCCACUGAAUGGAGUGAACGCCCACCCCGGGGAUUUGGCCAACGCUCUCGUUUCAACCCCACCCGCCGUCCCUCGGUUUUGACCAUUCACCACAUUCGAGCCGACGAGUCGGGCAUCUAUCGAUGUCGUGUUGAUUUCCGCACCUCACAAACGAGAAACGCCCUCAUCAACGUGUCGAUUAUCAUUCCCCCUUCAGCCCCGGUUAUCGCCACCCUUGGACGUCUCGUCACGAACCAUACCGCGGGGCCUUAUUCCGAGGGUGAAAUGGCCGCCAUCACUUGCUCCUCGACAUCAGGAUAUCCUUUGCCGCACUUGGUGUGGUACUCUUCGGACGGUGACGUGGUGGAUGAUGUGUACUCCACCUCAGAUCUGGAGGUUCAGAACACGCUCAAAAUCGAUCCCCUCACGAAGAAGCAUUUCGGAGAGCGGUUCCUGUGCCAGGCCUCCAAUAACAACGUCACAUUGCCGGCCUCGGCAAAUGUCACCAUCGACAUGAGACUGCUGCCCCGGACAGUGGCGAUCGUGCGGCCUCAGGAGCCGCUCACCGUGGCCAAUGGCAAGGGAGCCUCCACCAACAGCCACUUGGAGUGUCGAAGCGUUGGCAGCCGCCCCCCGGCCACCAUCACCUGGUGGAAGAAAGGAAAGUUCAUGGGAAAAGCGCCCGAACAGUUUUCGCACGAUUCCAAUGGGGAUUCCGUGACCGUGUCGCGGAUUGAAUUUCGCCCCAAGAUUUCGGAUCAGCAGAAGGAGAUCACUUGUCGAGCGGAAAACACCAACAUCCGGGGCAGUGCCAUCGAGGACACCCUCAGACUCACCAUUCACUAUCCUCCGAAAGUGAAACUGAGCUUAGGCAAGAGCAUUGACCCCAAUCAAAUCGCCGAAGGCAACGACGUCUAUUUGGAUUGUGAUAUCAGGGCCCAUCCUCAGGCCUACAAAGUGAUCUGGACACACAAUGGCAUUCCUGUGGAACCUGAUCCCUCGUCGGGGAUUCGGAUCGUUUCGGGUGGCAAGAACUUGGUGCUCCAAGGGAUCAAUCGGCGACAAGACGGAAAUUAUUCCUGCACGGCUUUUAAUCUCGAGGGAGAAGAUACAUCCGAACUCAUCAAUGUCAAAGUCAUGUUUAAACCCGAAUGCUCCGACUCUCAGCCCAUCACAAUGGGAGUGAUUCCCAAGCGAGAAGCCGAGGUGCUGUGUCGCAUUGAGGCCCUCCCUAGAGCCCACACGUUCAGAUGGACCUUCAACCAGACCUUACCCGUCACCACUUCCACACAGGUCAUCACGGACCAAGAUGCGUCAGCGAGUACCUCCAAACCUUCCCAUGGAACAGAGGACAUCUCUAAUCUGAACCAACAUGGGACCGGAUACCAAUACUAUCUGGGUUCAGCUUCCAACAGUCUGGAAUCCACGUUGGGCAUGUCCAAAUUCCACCACAAUGGAACCCAUUCCAAGUUGAAGUACAUGGCUCACUCUGAUAAGGAUCUGGGGGAGGUCCAUUGCUACGCCUCUAACGCAUUGGGCGAAUCUGAGAAGCCGUGUAUUUUCAGACUCAUUGCCGCAGGUCCGCCUGAGGCUCCUCAUGAAUGUGAUGUGCACAACCACACGACUCGAGAUUUAACUGUGUCUUGUGUGCCCGGAUUCGGAGGCGGAUUGAGACAAUCGUUCCAUUUGGAGGUCAGGGACAGAACCACCGGCAUUCUGCUUCAAAACCAAACAGCCGAUCAACCGAGCUUCAAAGUCAAGGGCUUAAGACCGAAUCGUGGUGUCAACCUUAGCAUUUACGCAAGCAAUUCACAUGGACGGAGUUUGGGCUUGAUUCACUUGGAGACGACACCUUCCAAAGUGGCCGAGUUACAAAUUGAAACGCCAAGCGUGAAAGGCCACUUGUCCUCCGUGAACAUUUUGGGAGCCGUUCUGGGUUGUGUCAGCACAUUGGUGGUGCUCUUGGGCGUGACCUUCAUUGGCAUGCGGGUCCGAUGUUCGAGCACGUCCAUCCUGGCCCUGGGAUCCCACUCAUCUCAAUCCAACAAUCGUCACAGCCAUGGAUCGGAAAUUGCCCAACUCCGCGGUUGUGGUGAGGCUAACGAUCCGCCCACUCCAACGGGAAUGGCCACCAUGAAGGAUCUCUCCUUGGCCUCGACGACGUCGCUUUCCCGACGAGAUUCCGCCUCGGAACAAGGCAGUAAAUUCAAAGGCACGAAGGCCUUCUCGAGUAAGGCCACUUCAAAGACAGCCUCGACCACCACCACCCACACCCCCAGAACACCUCCUUACGGCGAGGGAGAUCUGGGCCCAGAUUUGAGCCUGACUUCGCCCGGGUCCAAUAUGGCAGAUUUUCAACACCUUCAGUAUUCUGCCUCGAGUUUGAAUUUCGACAGUCUUUGCUCUCCAUACGAAAAUGGCCACCCCUCGGAGCGCUCACACCCAACCCAUCGGAUCGUUCCUGGGGCUCCUUGUCGUCGAGCCGCUUACUUCGUUCAAAGUGACCCCACCCAUCCCACAAAUGAGGACAUCAGUCACAUAUCGGGUCUCCAAGGCCGACCCCCUCCACCCUCCAUGCGAGAAACAAGUGGAUCCACCCCUUUCCUCCGUCAUAUUAACCCCCAUCUCGGAGCUUCUUCUCCUUAUGGUUCUCAAUCGGAAUCGGUGUGUUCCGAUUUUUCAGCCAACUUGAGGCCCCCAGGUCAAACCACGCCGGGCUUUAUGGGCACAGAAGCGAGCCUAUGGGUGUCCUCUGAAUCCGGGGGAUCUACCCUAAGAAUAGGUGACCGUCGAGAUGACUUUUCCAUGCGGUCUGCCAUGUCACCUUCGAGUCUGCCAAGUCACACCCUACAAAAUCAUCAUCUUCCGCAUCGGCAAUAUCAAUUGUGAACGAGUUCUUCGGUAAACUCGAAUUUAUAGCGUUCUUUACCAAACAUCUACCAAAAUUGAGCUCCUCUGUCUCUGACAUCGCCCAAACCCGAUCACUUGGAUUUCUUUCACGGCUCUUUGAAAAGAGUUUGUCAAAUAAUAAGUGGAAUUUGGACCUAGUGGAUGCUUCAUUUGGUCUCCCUAUGUGUAUCGUUAUAUAAAUCAAACAAAUACCCAUCAUGCGUCGCUUUUCUUGAUCUUUGUCUUAUGCCAUGUUUACAGCUCACGUGUUGCUUAUAAAAGGCAAUCGUUGCUGAUUUGGAACUUCUUCAACUUCACCCAGGCACUAAACAGUGACGAACCUUCUUUAUAAUUCAUUUGAAAUAAAAGUAUGCCGAAUCACACUAAUGUUCAGUGACCCAAAAUGCUCAUGAUUAAUGCAUUUAUUGCACUUUUACGCCUUGGAACAUGUGCUUUGAACUAAAAUCUUUAGGGCAAAAGUGCCACAAACACAACAAGAAUCGAAUAUGGCCUAAAACAUAAUGCGGAAUUUACUUUUUACUUUGUAUCUUUGUGCCUAGGAAAGUUUAUGAAUUUUGCAACCGAAACCAAGAAUGUUAUUCAUAGUAAAAGAAAUGCCGCUUGAUCUAUCAACGAGUGGUCGCUAUUUGU